UGAAGCUGGGAAUAGGUGUUGGUGGACAUACCACUUGCAUUCUGAUCUAUGCUACGUGUAGCUGAAUCUUAACCAACGGAGUUACAGUUUGUUUGAAACUGUAACGCGAGAAUGUUUAACAGUUUAACAUCGGUCCCUAGAGUACCUACUUGCGCUGAAGAUCCGGCAGAGAUGGAUGUGGAAUGUUCACAAGGCAGGCGACAGUUGGUAAAUCAUUCCACAGAAAUGGGUGAAAUGGAGGCUGUGGAGGUCCUGAUGUCCAUGAACAGCAACUGGAGGAACAGGAGUACCCUGAUAAAACAACUAAGGCCUCUGACUCCUUUCUCAGACUCUUCUGGUGAAGAGUCUCUUCUCCCUGGCCCUGCACAGUUCCAUCACUCGCCUUAUUCAUUACAGUGGAUGACUCCACCACACAGUCCUGUGAACCUUGAGCCCUUAUGUGCAACCACAGAUGCUCCCGGUCAGACUGCCCCUCACUUCCAAGAGAAAGACAUCUCACGGCCCAGGGCUCAAGCCACCAGCGUGAUCAGGCACACAUCAGACUCUCAGCCGUGUUCAUGGCAUUCUGAGAACACCAGCAUGAACACUCAAUUACCUCAGUUCAGUCCAGUCAGGCCUAACAAUGCCCAGGUGGAUGGCUCAGCUGGGAAUGAUUCAAAAGUAAAUCAGGCGCCCUCGUGUGCACCAGGUCCUUUGAGUUCCCUCAAGGGCUCAGAAGCGGCCAUAUUGCCUGAUUCAGCAGCAGCAGCAGGUUUAUCCAUUGGAGGAGACACUUUGUCGAUGCCAGUUCAGUUCCAGAUCCUCCCUGUCUCACCAGUGAAAAACUCAGGAGUGGAUGUCGCAUCUCAGCCCAAAGACAGUCCAACUGUUCUGUGUCAACCCCCUGUUGUUCUUGUGGGUCAUCAGAUUCCCGGGGGCUCUGUGAUGUUCAUUGUACCUAAGCCCACAGCUCCAAAGCAGCCAGUGGUAAUCACCCCGGGGGGCACUAAAUUGGCUACCAUUGCCCCAGCACCUGGCUGUGGUCUCAUGGUGAGAAAAGUCAGCCUUCAGUUGGAAAACACUGCUCGGAUUCGUAGCCAUAUGUGCAGCCAUGCUGGGUGUGGGAAAACGUACUUCAAGAGCUCUCACCUCAAGGCACACAUGAGGACUCACACAGGUGAAAAGCCAUUCCGCUGUAGCUGGGAGGGCUGCAAGAGGUGUUUCGCUCGUUCAGACGAGCUGUCCCGCCACCGCCGUACCCACACAGGGGAGAAGCGAUUCACCUGCCCUGCCUGCCAAAGCCGGUUCAUGCGCAGCGACCACCUGGCUAAACACGCUCGGCGCCACCUCAGCAGCAGCAGCAGGAUGCCUGGGUGGAAGCUACAGGUGGGCCAGCUAGGACAUCUCACAGCUGUGUGUCGCCCCCUGCAGCCUCUCACCUGAAACUGCCAGUGGGAAGGAGAGCAGGGCAGCUUCCAAGAACCAACGAGGACCUUGGGAUGGAGGAAAAUCUAGCCUGAGGGUAAACUGAUCCAGUUGGCUAAGUUGGAGAAUGACGUGCACACUGAAAUGCAAUGCCAAAAACCUAGUCUUAACACUGUAUUUAGGGUGGUAAGGUUUACUGUUACCUUACACAAGUAUGUCUGGCAAGUGAGUUGAUUCAAAGAAUACCUACGUGCCCUAUCUUGGGAUAUAACACCAGGUGUCAGUAUUCCUAAUGUGAGGGAGUGCAGUCAGGAUUGAUAUUAUACCACUGCUGAAAGCAAGAUGUAUGUAAGCAUGUAAGCCACUUUGACUUCUUAUGUUUUUCUAUUUUUACAGAUUGUAGUGAUAAUACUGAUUACUAUUUAAGAGCUAUUGCAGAUACCCUCAAACUGAUACGUGAGGACUAAACACUGAUGUGUAGUGUUGGGGUUGUUAUACUUAUAGGGCCCUAUAAUUGAUGGGCAACUACCAACAAGCAAAGUCUGCCAUGUGUGAACUAAAGCCAAUUUAAUAACUUGGCAAAGUCAUUUUGCUAAUGUCAUACCAUGAGCAAGAGCUUAAGCGCCAACAUGGGUGUGUCAGCACACGCCACGAUAACUUUAGUACAGACUUUACUUAUUGCCCGUCAAUGAAAUUACAGCUCAUUAUGUCUGAAUAUAAUGAUUCAUGUUCUCUCCUGUUCUUGGGGAGCUUUGACCAAUAUUAGAGUGCAAUUCAGCUUUGAGGCUAUCAGGGAUUCCUACUAAUAUUUUGUACAGACUUGUUAUUUCUGCUUACGUCUGUUAAUAAUGAGGUAUUUGCUAUGUUUGCCAAAAUUGCAUAGCUGGACUGUUACAGUAUUUUGCACACUGAGAAUAAUGUUCCAACAUGGAAAUAAAGCUUUUUUUUAUGUCACUGAA